GAGACAUCGGGGAGCGCGCGGACAUACCGGGGCCGCCUGUCCACCCUGUCUUGCUGCUGAGGGGUAUUGUUACCCUUCCCCUCGGUGGGGCCAGGCGGGUGGUAGCCCGGUUCUUGUGCGCAGGCGUCCCCGGUGUCCCGACGCCCGGCUGUCUGUGCGGGGUGGGGCAGGGACUGUAGAUCUUCCGCUGGAGAUGGAGCCUCUCGGGAUGCUGUGGGAACCCGCUCCGGAUCUGCAUCCUGGUGGGAUGAGCCGAGGAGAGGCUGCCCUGCGGGAUGGAGGCGAGUGGCUCUCUUGCUCCUGUCCUGGGUCCUCCUGAACGAUGAGGUUUCGUUUCAUCAGAGCAAGGCCAUAAGCUGUCUGGAUUCGGGAGCCAGCGGCCGACAACAGGGGUGGAGCCAGCGUUUUGGAAAUGCCCCAACUUGUUAGACAAAAGUGUUUAGUAGGCAUUUAUUGAAUGGCCACUUCUUCCAGGCUUCGUGCGAAGAGCUGUGGGGUGCGGUGGUAAGAGACAGCGGUCCCAUCUUCCCCUGGAGGACCGACCGCUCUGCACAUAAACAACAGUAGAAAGAAGGGAGUGGGCUGAGGGUUUCUGCUUUGUUUUGUUUUUUCUAAAGUGCCACUUACUAUGGUCAGUCUACAUCUGAGCAUCGAGGGGGAUACUGUAGGAGCCACAUUUUGGGUUUUUUUUUUUUUUUAGGAAAAUCUUUAAAUCAAAGGCUCAGCAAGGUCUUGAUUACCUAAGUAGUGUGCUCUGAGUCUGGUUACUUUAAAUUAAUAAAACUAGUAACUUUCAAGGACUGAAAGAAAAAUAUUUCCAAAAUAUGUUCUUGUACUGUUGAGUUGCAGUUACAUACAUUUAGGUUUUUAGAGAUUGAAGAGAAUACUGUGCCUUACUCGUUCGUGAUUCCACUUUGUGUGACAUGUUAUGCUUUAUAUGGCUUUAAAAAGUGGACCGGGCACUUCAUUUUGUUGCUAGAGAGUUUUGUUUUCAUUUGCUGAAAAGUCUCGUGGUUGGCAGUAAGCUAAAGGCUUACUGGGUAAGGGGAAAGGACAGCCGGGCAAAGGAGAGUGUUAAAAGAAACGCUUGUAAGCUAAAGGAAGGCCUUCCGCUGGCUGCUUAAACCCUUCUGGAAAUCUCAGCAAGCUUGGGAAGACAAGAGGGACAGAGCUGGCCUGCCACAGCCUUGGUGACCCACCAGGACAAUGGAUUUUCCUGGUCACUUUGAGCAGAUCUUUCAGCAGCUGAACUACCAGAGACUUCAUGGGCAGCUCUGUGACUGUGUCAUUGUCGUGGGGAACAGGCACUUCAAAGCCCACCGCUCCGUGCUGGCAGCAUGCAGUACACAUUUCCGAGCACUGUUCUCGGUGGCGGAAGGAGAUCAAACCAUGAACAUGAUCCAGCUAGAUAGUGAGGUGGUGACCGCAGAGGCCUUCGCCGCCCUGAUUGACAUGAUGUACACCUCCACCCUCAUGCUAGGGGAGAGCAACGUUAUGGAUGUCUUAUUGGCAGCCUCUCACCUGCAUCUGAACUCUGUUGUUAAGGCAUGUAAACAUUACCUGACGACAAGGACGCUCCCCAUGUCUCCCUCUAGUGAGCGAGUUCAGGAGCAGAGCGCCCGCAUGCAGCGCUCUUUCAUGCUGCAGCAGCUUGGACUGAGCAUUGUGAGCUCAGCUCUCAGUUCCAGCCAGAGUGUCGAAGAGCCGUCAGCCCCCAUGAGCUCAUCCAUGCGCAACAACCUGGACCAGCGGACACCCUUCCCCAUGAGACGCCUUCACAAGCGCAAACAGUCCGUAGAGGAACGGGCUCGGCAGCGCCUCCGAUCCUCCAUGGAUGAAUCUGCCAUUUCAGAUGUUACUCCAGAGAGCGGGCCUUCAGGAGUUCAUUCCCGGGAGGAAUUCUUCUCACCCGAUUCUCUGAAAAUUGUGGAUAAUGCUAAACCCGAUGGGAUGGCUGACAACCAGGAAGACAGCGCUAUGAUGUUUGAUCGGCCUUUUGGUGCUCAAGAAGAUGCCCAAGUGCCCAGCCAGUCAGAUGGCAGUGCUGGCAACAUGGCCUCUCGUGCAACUCAGGUUGAAACUAGUUUUGAACAAGAAGCUGUAGCUGAGAAAGGCAGUUUCCAGUGUGAAAAUCCCGAGGUUGGCCUUGGGGAGAAGGAACACAUGAGGGUAGUGGUGAAGUCCGAGCCCCUGAGCUCUCCCGAGCCACAGGAUGAAGUGAGCGAUGUGACCUCCCAAGCCGAGGGCAGUGAGUCUGUGGAGGUGGAAGGAGUGGUGGUCAGUGCCGAGAAGAUAGACCUCAGCCCUGAAAGCAGUGAUCGGAGCUUUUCCGAUCCCCAGUCCAGCACCGACAGGGUUGGGGACAUCCACAUCUUGGAAGUCACAAAUAAUCUAGAGCAUAAGACCUCUUUUAGUAUUUCCAAUUUUCUCAACAAGAGCAGGGGGGGCAACUUCAGCACCAGUCAGAGCACUGACGAUAACCUCCCAAACACCACCAGUGACUGUAGGCUCGAGGGCGAGGCCCCUUACCUGUUGAGUCCAGAGGCUGGGCCAGCAGGUGGGCCUUCCUCUGCCCCCGGUUCCCAUGUAGAGAACCCAUUCAGUGAACCUGCAGACUCCCACUUCGUCAGGCCUAUGCAGGAGGUGAUGGGCCUGCCCUGUGUGCAGACCUCAGGCUACCAAGGAGAACAAUUUGGGAUGGAUUUUUCCAGGUCUGGCUUGGGACUCCACUCUUCCUUCUCCAGGGCAAUGAUGGGUUCCCCACGAGGAGGAGCCAAUAACUUUCCAUACUACCGACGGAUAGCUCCAAAAAUGCCAGUUGUAACAUCUGUCAGAAGCUCACAGAUCUCUGAAAACUCAGCCAGUUCCCAGCUGAUGAUGAACGGGGCCACCUCAUUUGAAAAUGGCCACUCUUCCCAGCCUGGCCCUCCGCAGUUGACCAGGGCGUCUGCUGAUGUCUUGUCAAAGUGCAAGAAGGCCUUAUCGGAGCACAAUGUCUUGGUUGUGGAGGGAGCUCGAAAGUAUGCCUGCAAAAUCUGCUGUAAAACCUUCCUGACUCUGACAGACUGCAAGAAGCACAUCCGAGUCCACACGGGGGAAAAGCCGUACGCCUGUCUCAAGUGUGGCAAGAGGUUCAGUCAGUCCAGCCACCUGUAUAAACACUCGAAGACGACCUGCCUGCGCUGGCAGAGCAGCAACCUCCCCAGCACUCUGCUCUAAUCCCUCCUGUGAGGCCGCACGCAGGCCAGUUCUGCACUGAAAGUAAAAUCGCUGUUGGCAGGCAGCUAUCGCCACUGGACUCGGGGUCUCAGCUGUCCAGUGACUCAUGAAUUUGAGCCAAUAGUAAGCAGAGAACUGUUAGGAGUAGCACUUAUCCUGCACGUCUCUUAGGGUGGAGGAAUGCAGUCCUCAAGUAGUUGGUCAUUGUUAAGAGUAUCACAUUUAAAAAUGGAAGUGCAGAAAACAUUUUAACACCAUUUUAAAGCUCUGUGAAGCAUUUAAUUAAAUUCCCUGUAGCCUGUGAUGGCAGUGUUCCACUCCUGUACAGCAGUGCAGCCUGUGAUGGGAGUGUUCACUCCUGUACAGCAGUGUAGAACAUACUUAUGGGUAACCAGGUGACUUGGUGCUAUCUGGAAAAAGGCCUAGAGGACAAGCCUGGCCGCCGCAGAUGCUGAAAGUGUAUCCUGAGCUAGUCCCAGGCCUCAGAAAGUACUGUGGGUUUUUCAUUUUUAUCUGAGUUGCAGUCACGGGCACUGCCCUCUGAUGGUGCUUACACUGGGUCCGGGUAAAUACGCCUUGGACUGACAGGUGUACAUACUUUUGAAUACAUCUCUAUGGCAUAGGUGUUUUUAGUAACUUCGUUUGUUUUAAGAAUUAAAAUUGUAAUGGAGUGUGUACUGGUAGGAGUGACAGUGAGGUGUUUCUUGUCUGUGUUGUGUUAGUAGGGUUUUAGCCAACGUGUAUUUCUGAUGCUGUAUUUGUUCGAUGUAAGUGGGAAGCUAGUGUCCGACUUUGUUCUGUGAUAUGGAGUCCUGUGUAUGGGUGCUCACGGUGCAUUUGCCUUUCACUCCAUCCGGAUGCCCAAGGCCACUCAAGAUCAGCUGCUCCUGACCUUGUCACUUCUUACUCCCAAGCCCCAAGAACCCCUCUCCUGGGCAUAACCAGUUAGACUAACCAGCAGCGCUGCUGCUGUGGUUUUAUUCCUGUUCUGUGCUAGGCUCUCCAAGCUACACCUCAGCUUUCAGUGACGUCGCUCCUUUAUCUCAGCAUUGAGUUGUUUGAAACUUAAAUGUAGUAGUGUUCGUGUCUCAGUUCUUUACAGGCUCUGGGAAAAUCAGGCAGCCUACAGCAUAGAAUUCACCAAAAAUAUCCAAGGUUCUCAAUUCUGUCCAGGGCCUCUCUGUCCUCUGCCUUGCUGUCCCCUGAUAACCACCUUGUCAGGGCUGCUGCAUCCUGCCAUGCACCCAGGAGAAUAGCACAGGUUCAUGCAUAUCUUUAAGCUCAAGUUUAACAAGAAUUUUCUUUCAUACCGUUUUCAGAGAUACCAAACCAUUGUACACAAUUCAGAGAAAUUCAUUAACUUUAAAGAGCCACAUACUUCUGUAUAACCUAAACAAAACUGAGCAUGUAUCGUCUCUUAAGCUGGUGUGACCAUGAAUCUGUGGCUUGACUGGCAAUGCUCUGAGCGGGCAUGACAUCUGAACUGAUUCCCAGGGAAGAAAGCCUGAAUGGAAAGCUGGACUCCUGCUGAGCAGCUGUGGGAAAGACCACUGAAGGCAAUGGGAUCACUUGAGAAACUGCUGUGUGGUUUACUGUCUGCAGUCCUGUUGAGACAGCCACCGUCAUAGGAACCAGUGGGAGUCGGUGGGUCAGCAUGGAGAACCAGAGAUGCCCUGCUGGGUGAGGAGCCAAUGUCACAGGCAUAGAGCAGCAGUUGUCCUUCCUGUCUUAAGGAUAUGGUCCUUCAAGUCUGCUCCUCACCUCGGCUUCGAUACAAGUGGACUUUGCUCUUGGGCCUGUUCCUGGCACUCGAUGGAGCCUGCCUCUCUGCUGCUGGGUGGACCUGGAGUCUCAUCUACCUCGUAGUCAGUCUCUACAUGUGAGAAGCAAGCUUGAGGCCAGUGUCCUCCAACAUGCUGUAGCACUUAAAGAUUUCCAAGGGUCCCUGGGAAACUAGCCCAGGGUGGUUGUGACCUGGAGUUUCACUGGGAUUCUAACUGGGACUGGGGACCUGACUUUUGACUUUUAGCCUUAAUUAUAGCCCGGCAUAAUCAUGUACAAUCUUCUGGAGGUGGCAUCAAGUGUAGAGGCACCUAUCGGGUGCCAAUGCUGGUCGAAACAGAUUUUAAAAUUAAAAAUUUGUCAUAUUCAUGUCUCUA